AUGGGAGCUGCCCCGAAAGAUCUUGACAUAUUUUUUGACGGGCUUUUCCAAAUAAUUAUCAAAAUAACAAAGCUAAUCAACAACGAAUCAAUGUACACUGCAACUUACCAACGCCCUACUGCAUUUGAUGCGAUGGGUUUCACUUACGAAAACCAUUCCUUACAAAUGUCUUCACUCGAACCAGACAAAGUAUUCUGCAACUAUUCUGAGCUCAACGUGGCCAGUCCAAUCGAAACAGCCUGGCGCGGUGACACGUACCAGGGAGAAUAUGUUCCCUGUUGUCUUCCAACUGACCAAUCCAUAAUGUGUGAUUUAUUGUCAUCUUCAUUUCAACUUGAAUUUACACGUUACCAAUCUAUGAAAAAUACGUUACCACGUCGUUUGCAACCUGAUAUUUCUCUAUUAGCAAAAUAUCGAGAGAACAUCAAAUAUCGAAUUCCACAACCUAGACUUCAUAGACGAAAAAUCGGUAACGUUAUAAAAAAACAAACUAGAGGAGCCAAUCGAAUAUUUGAUGACUUGGCAACAACUUUUCAAGUCAUUGGAAUCGAAAUUUUUGCUGCCGUUACUCAAUACAAAAAGGGCCGAAGAGGAAGGUCUACUAUUUAUAACAAGGAAAGAGGCAUUGAAGAGCUCCUUACUGUUUCUGAGGAUGAUCCAUUGUUACAAAGGAGUGCUUCAAAGUUCGAUACCUUGAAAACAAUAUGUGAUAAUCAUCUGAAACCGAUGGAUAACAUGAAUCUACGAGACUAUGACUUAAAUUACACGAAUCAAGAAACGCCACUAGUUGGUCAUAACAGCUUACUAAUGUAUCCAAUUAGUAACGAUCAAUUUAGCUUUGAAAAUACUCCUUGUUUGCAACAACUUCAAGAUUGUGCACCACCUUUGUGUACUCAAGCGACAACUUACUACAUUCGGAAUUUAGGAAUUCCAAUGAUCCAAGCUGACAUGUUCAGUAUUUCUACAUUUGGAGAUGAAAGUGAUAAUGACGGUUCAUAUGAAGAUAUAUACCUUGAGUAUCUCAAUCCAGCAUCAAUUGAUGGCUACAAAGAAUCCACAUCUCUUUUACGUUAUCUUCGGGAGCGCUUGUCAUUAACUAGAAUGACCAAUUGGAUUCAAAAUCACACUCGUUAA